GACAGACGCUCACGCAAUAUCAGAUUAGAUCGAACAAACUAUAAAUAUUUUACUUCACGUAGACAGAGAGCAUCAGGGAAAAAAAAACAGAGAGUGAGAGCGAUAAUGAGCUCUGGAGCUGGAAAGAUUGUGUGCGUGACUGGAGCCUCGGGUUAUAUAGCUUCAUGGAUAGUCAAGCUCCUCCUCUCACGUGGUUACACUGUCAAGGCCUCUGUUCGUGACCCAAAUGAUCCCAAAAAGACACAACACUUGCGUGCACUCUGUGGAGCUCAGAAGAGACUUGAGCUGGUCAAAGCAAAUUUAUUGGAAGAAGGUUCCUUUGAUUCUAUUGUUGAAGGGUGUGAAGGUGUUUUCCACACUGCAUCUCCUUGUUAUUAUGAUGUCAAGGACCCACAGGCAGAGUUGCUUGAUCCUGCAGUGAAAGGAACACUCAAUGUCCUUGGCUCAUGUGCAAAACACCCAUCAAUCAAACGAGUUGUGUUAACAUCUUCUAUGGCUGCAGUUGCUUACAAUGGGAAACCUCGGACUCCAGAUGUAGUAGUGGAUGAAACUUGGUUUUCGGAUCCGGAACUGUGUAGAGAAUCUAAGCUUUGGUACGUGCUUUCAAAGACAUUGGCUGAGGAUGCUGCAUGGCAAUUUGCAAAAGAAAAGGGUAUGGACAUGGUUGCAAUAAAUCCAUCAAUGGUUAUUGGUCCUCUCUUGCAGCCAACACUUAAUACAAGUACUGCAGCAAUUUUAAGCCUAAUAAAAGGAGCACAAACUUUCCCCAAUGCAUCUUUUGGAUGGAUAAAUGUUAAAGAUGUUGCCAAUGCACACAUACAAGCAUUUGAGCUGUCAUCAGCUAGUGGGAGAUAUUGUUUGGUUGAGAGAGUGGCACACCACUCAGAAGUAGUGAAGAUUCUGCGAGAGCUUUAUCCUGAUCUCCAACUCCCGGAAAAGUGCGCCGAUGAUAAGCCAUGUGUGCCAAUCUAUCAAGUUUCCAAAGAAAAAGCCAAAAGCUUGGGUAUUGAAUUCAUUCCUUUGGAAGCUAGCAUCAAGGAAACCGUGGAAAGCUUGAAGGAGAAAGGAUUCGUCAGUUUUUGAGCAUUUCCUGCAUGCAAGAGUUUUCUUACGUGAAAUAAAUAAACGGUGGAGGGUAUAGCAUAGAACUCGAUGGUGAUUUUGCUUUCCAUGCAUUGCGAUUGUUUUUAUAGUUAUGGUUUAAAAAAAUAGUUUAAUAAAGAAUUGUAAGGUUUAUUUUAAAAAAU